UGCCCGAUAAAGGCAGGGCUGCCUGGCUCCGCCCCGCUGUGCUGCCUGCUCCCUUCGCACCGCUGCCGCCCGUCCGCCCCAGAGCCGCUGCGCUGCGGCGGAAGUGCUCUGGCUGUCCCUCAGGUCGGCAGGCGAAGGUAUCUGAAGAAAUAGCCUGAAGAUGAACUUCUUCCUGGAAACAUUAAAAGUUAUUGUACUUGUUGUUUACUACUUGCUGGAGUCAUUGGUGUUCUUCGUUGUUCCUGGACGGAAGAAGAAUGUUAGUGGUGAAAUCGUAUUAAUAACAGGAGCGGGAAGUGGCAUUGGAAGACUCUUAGCGUUGAAGUUUGCCAGCCUUGGAGCCACGGUGGUCCUCUGGGAUAUUAAUCAAGAGGGGCUCAACUGCACAGUUAGACUGGCCAGAGAAAAAGGAGCAGGAAGAGUACACUCCUAUGUCUGUGACUGUAGCAAAAGACAGGAUGUCUACAGACUAGCUGACCAGGUUAAAAAAGAAGUUGGUGAUGUCAGCAUCUUGAUCAACAAUGCUGGUAUUGUAAUUGGGAAGAGAUUUCUUGAUUCUCCAGAUUCACUCAUAGAAAAAACCAUGGAAGUGAACACAAUGGCACACUUCUGGACUUACAAAGCCUUCCUCCCAGCAAUGAUUGCUGCUAACCAUGGACACUUGGUUAGCAUAGCAAGCGGUGCAGGACUGUGUGGAACCAGUCAGGCUUCAGAUUACUGUGCAAGUAAAUUUGCAGCAAUUGGUUUUGCAGAAUCAAUUGAUAUGGAAAUGAGAGCUCUGAGAAAGACUGGUGUUAAAACAACAAUUGUGUGUCCUUACGUCAUAAACACGGGAAUGUUUGAUGGUGUUAAAUCCAAGUGGCCACGUAUGGUUCCUGUUCUGGAUCCAGAGUAUGUGGCCGAGAGGAUAAUCACUGCUGUUCGGCAGAACCAAGAAGUCUUGCUUAUACCACGCCUUGCUCAUCUUUUAUGUUUUUUGAAAAGCUUCCUACCAGUGAAAGUACUGGUUCUUCUUUUAGACUACUUUGGACUCAUUGAGAUCAUGAAUACCUUCAAAGGUCGACCAAAGAAGGAGUGAAAAAGCACAAAAUUCAAGAGACCAUCAGCUCUAAAGUGGGUGUUGAAGUUAGUUAAAGGUGGUGGUGGGAAAAGUUCACUUCACUGGCAGGUUUGGGUUGCCUCAUUUCUCAAUAGUAACAAGACUUUUAAGAGUUGCUUUUUAACUGGCUCUUAAUCAACAGCUUUCAUCUGAACUAUUGUUUUUGGUCCAGCAAGUUGUCUUCUUUUCCCCUCAUUAUAAAAAUACAUUAAUUGAAUUUA